GGAUUCAUACAUAGCUAAAAAAGGAUUCAUUCAUUCAUUGAAAACUGAAAAGUCUCUCUUGUGUUUGCUUACAUUACAUGUUACAGUGUAACUCUUUCUUUCCUAAAAGAAGCAACAAACAAUGGAAAAUGUGCAAAGUAGCAUGCACUUGAUUCUCUCAACUGAUGCAAAGCCAAGGCUCAAAUGGACUCCUGAACUUCACCAAAGAUUCAUUGAGGCAAUUAAUCAGCUUGGAGGUUCAGAAAAAGCAACACCAAAGAGUCUUAUGAGGGUGAUGGGGAUUCCUGGACUCACUUUGUACCAUCUCAAGAGCCAUUUACAGAAAUAUAGACUUGGGAAAAGCCAACCCCAACUUGAAAUCUGUUCUGGCAACAACAAACAUGAAGAUUGCAGAGAGAUGAAGAACAGUGAAGGUCCUUGUAGCAGCAGGGAAGAAAGUAUUGGGACACAGAAUGAGAUGACUGAAAGCAUGCAAAUUGCUGAGGCUCUCCAAAUGCAAAUGGAAGUGCAGAAGAAACUUUAUGAGCAAAUUGAGGUGCAGAGACAUUUGCAGCUUAAGAUUGAAGCACAAGGGAAGUACUUGCAAUCAGUACUACACAAGGCACAAGAAACACUUGCAGGAAUGAUCAACAAUGGCAGCCCGGGAUCUCCUCCGAUUUCGGAACUGACAGAAACAAGAGGAGGGUUCAGUUGGAGCUGUGGGCAGAGGAAACAGAACAGAGGAACCAUGUGUUCACUUGAAAUUGAAAGUUCUUUGACAUCUUCUGAAAGUUCAAUGGAUCAAAGGCCUAAUAGUACUAACACUACUAAUACUGCUUCACUUGAAUUGUUGCCACUCUUUAAAGAAUCUAAGGAACAGGAAGAUGAAUCUAUUAUUGGGAGAAAGAGGAGUUCAAGCUGCUGUGUUGAUCAGCCAUCAAAGAUGAGCAGAUCUGAAUUAGUGUCAGAUAUCAUUGACUUGAAUUCAGAACAAAUAGAUUUAAAUUGCAGUUCAAGCUUCUGGGAACAAUGAGCAUCACAUAUAAAAGAAGAAGAAAAUAUUUGUUUAUAAACUUAUGUAUAUUUUAUAUAAUGAAAACUAAGAAAGCAAAAAAAAAAAAAAUUGACUGUAUAUCUAUCUGGUCAUGA